AUGGCAGAUUCCGAUGAGAACAAAGCCAAAUGCUACUACGACUUUAGUGUUUUGCUUCGUAACUGUGAAAAGGAAAUUAUAGAACCCAUUGAUGGAAAGAUAACAGGUGAAAUCCCUUCGUGGGUCAGAGGAAGCCUUCUCAGGAACGGCCCUGGACGUUUCAAAGUCGGCAAUUCUGAAUAUCAACAUAUUUUCGACGGGUCGGCGCUUUUGCAUAGAUUCGCAAUAUACGACGGUCAAGCAACUUAUCAAUGUCGUUUUUUGAGUUCAAACACUUACAAAAAGAAUCAAAUAGCCAAUCGCAUAGUUGUCACUGAGUUCGCGACUAGCGCCGCGCCGGACCCCUGUCGCACUAUUUUCGACAAAUUUACAUCACUGUUCAAUCCAGCAGACAAUUUAACCGACAAUGCAGUCAUAUCCAUCUAUCCGUUUGGAGAUGAAGUUUAUGCACUCACGGAAGUACCCCUCAUUUUUAGAAUAGAUCCGGUGACCCUUGAAACAAUGGAGAGACGGAAUUUGAUUGAUACAAUUGUCAUCACACAUACCGCUCAUCCCCACUUGGCACCAAACGGAGAUGUGUACAAUGUCGGAAUGCAUGUUAUCAAAGGCAGAUUGAAAAUUCUGAUAGUUAAAUUUCCCUAUAAAGAAAAAGGAGACAUGUUUGAAUCAGCAGAAAUUGUAGGAACAGUGACACCUCGGUGGUUCAUCCAUCCUUGUUACAUGCAUUCUUUUGGUAUAACAGACAACUAUUAUAUCCUGGUUGAGCAGCCUCUAGGGCUGUCAAUAUCAAAAUACGUCAAAUGUCAAAUAACUGAGGAUGCUUACGUUUCAGCUCUGAAGUGGUAUCCAGAAUAUGACACUCAUAUCAUACUCGUCAGCCGUACUGAUGGUAGUGUGAAGCGCUACAGAACCCCAACCAUAUUCUUCUUGCACAUAAUCAACUGCUUUGAGAAAGAUGACAAACUUAUAUUAGAUAUGUGCACUUAUCAAGACGCUAAGAUCAUAGAUGCGAUGUUUAUUGACGCAAUAAAGUUCAAUCACAACAACCUAGACUAUGCAAAGUGGUGCGCAUCCAGACCGCGAAGAUAUAGAAUUCCACUCGAAGCUCCGAACAUGACGAUGGUGGAGUCAGAGCUUCUUGCUGAUGUUGGCUGCGAGAUGCCCAGAAUUAAUUAUGAGCUAUUUAACGGUCGCCCGUACAAUUACUUUUAUGGAAUCAUUUCGGAUGUGUCGAGUGACAUCGCUGGAGCGUUGGUGAAAGUCAAUGUUGCUACGGGAGAACUUUCUACAUGGAAAGAAGGGAACAGUUAUCCAAGUGAGCCUGUCUUCAUCCGUCGACCUGGAGCUGUGGACGAAGACGAUGGUGUAGUCCUCAGUGCUGUACUCUGGAGUGACGAUGAAAACGCGAUAGAUCUGCUUAUAUUGGAUGCUCGUACGUUCAAAGAACUCGGUCGUGCCACGUUCAGGACCCCGUCGCCGGCGCCCAAGUGUCUGCACGGAUGGUUCUUGUCAGAUAGUCACAUCACUGCGUAA